CCCGAGGAGACCGCACGCGCGAGCGCGACGUGACGAGAGUGCAGUGUUAGUGUCACAGUGAACUGGUGGACUGCGCGACGGCAUGCGGGAGGCGCGCCCGAGGCGGCGCCGCGCGCUGCGCUGAUCCGAUGCUGUGUGCGCGCGCGCGGCGUCGGCCGCUGCUGCUCGCCCUCGCCCUCGCCUGUUUGCUUCCAAGCGUGGCGGGGGCGGGCGUGUUCGAGCUGCAGAUCUUGGAGUUCAGCAACUACCGGCUGGAGCGCGCGGGCGGCUGCUGCGGCGGGCAGCCGCGCGCCGGCGCAGCCCCGCGCUGCUCCGCGCCCUGUCGCACGCGGUUCACGCUCUGUCUCAAGGAGUACCAGUCGGCGGCGGCGCCGGGCGCGUGCUCGUUCGGGCGCGCGGCGUCGCCCGCGCUCGGCACCGACUCCUUCACGCUCGCCGAGCCGCUCUACACGCUCGCGCUGCCCUUCACGUUUCGUUGGACGAGGUCUUUCACAUUGAUACUUCAAGCGUACGACGACUUCAACUACACCGACCCGGAGGCGGGCCUGAUCGAAGAGGCGUGGUGGUCGGGCAUCGUGGAGCCGGGCGCGGAGUGGCACGCGCUGCGGCACGCGGGCGCGGCCGCCGCCGUGGCGUACCGCGUGCGCGUGCUCUGCCAGGAGAACUACUUCAACACCACGUGCACCACCUUCUGCCGCCCGCGGGACGACAAGUUCGGACACUACUCGUGCAGCGGCGACGGCGACAAGCACUGCCUGCCCGGCUGGCAGGGCGACAACUGCGAGAAACCUGUAUGCAAGGAGGGCUGCCACCCGACUCACGGCCGCUGCGACCGACCAGGAGAUUGCGACUGCCGCCCGGGCUGGCGCGGCGAGCUGUGCGCGCAGUGCCAGCCGUACCCCGGCUGCAAGCACGGCUACUGCAACGGCUCCUCCUGGGACUGCACCUGCGACACCAACUGGGGCGGCAUCCUCUGUGACCAAGAUUUAAACUAUUGCGGCACACACGAGCCGUGCCAACACGGCGGCACAUGCGAGAACACGGCGCCCGACCAGUACCUGUGCUCGUGCGCCGAGGGCUUCUCCGGCGUGGACUGCGAGCGCGUCGACAACCCGUGCGCGCCGCAGCCGUGCGCGCACGGCGCCUGCUCGCUCACGGCGGCGCCGCGCGGCUUCGGCUGCGCCUGCGAGCCCGGCUGGGGCGGCGCGCUGUGCGACCAGGACCUGGACGACUGCGCGGGCCAGCCCUGCCGCAACGGGGGCACGUGCCGCGACCGCCUGAACCACUUCGUGUGCGAGUGCGCGCCCGGCUGGACGGGGGCCACUUGCGACGAAGACGUGGACGAGUGCGCGGAGAAAGGAGGGCGGGAGCGCUCGUUCGGCCCAUGUGUGAACGCAGCGGCGUGCAACAACACGGCGGGAGGGUACGCGUGCGCGUGCCUGGCGGGGUGGACGGGCCGCGACUGCGAGAGCAACGUGGACGACUGCGCCGACCAGUGCCUCAACGGCGCCACCUGCAUCGACCUGGUGGAGAACUUCCACUGCGCGUGCGCGGCGGGGUUCGCGGGCCGCACGUGCGCGCGCGACAUCGACGAGUGCGCGCCGCGGCCGUGCCGCAACGGCGGCGAGUGCGUGGACCUGCGCAACGCCUACCGCUGCAUCUGCCCCGUCGGCUUCUCCGGCCACGACUGCGAGGACGAUAGAGACCACUGCGCAGGCGCACCCUGUGCUAACGGAGCCGCGUGUUACACCGCGCAGAGCGACUACUACUGCCACUGCGCACCCGGCUGGAGCGGCCAGAACUGCACGCAGCGCCAGCCCAGCCCGCCCGCGCCGCCCAGAAGCGAGGACUGUUCGCUGAGCGGGUGCGGCGCCGGCGGGAGCUGCCUCGGCGCGCGCUGCGUGUGCCGCCCCGGCUGGGGGGGCGACAACUGCGAUACAGAAAUAAACGAAUGUGCUGUGAAUCCUUGUCGCAACAACGGAACUUGUAUAGAUGGCACCGGCGACUUCACGUGCGUUUGCCGAGACGGAUGGACAGGUAAAACUUGCUCCAUUCGCGAGGAUGCCAUCGACCGAUGCUCCGAAACUUCAUGUGGUAAUGGAGGCACUUGCGUACGGGAAGGGGAGGGCUGGAGGUGCGCGUGCGCCGCGGGGUGGACGGGCGCGACGUGCGCGUCGCCGGCGGGGAGCGCCGCGUGCCCGUGCGCGCCGGGCGGGGUGUGCGUCGCCGCGGCGGGAUCGCGGGCCUGCGUGUGCCGCGAGGGCUGGACGGGCGCGCGCUGCGACCGCCCGCUGGACGGCUGCUCGUCCGCGCCGUGUCGCAACGGUGGCCGCUGCGUCGGCGGCGCCGACUGGUGGGCGUGCGAGUGCGCGCCGGGCUGGGGCGGCGACGACUGCGGCGUGGCCCGGCUCGGGGCGGCGUGCGAGCCCGCGUGUCCGCCGCCCGCCACGUGCGCGCGCGACCCUGAUGCGGCGGCGCGCUGCGUUUGUCCGCCGCCUCCGGACCGCGCCGCGAGACGCUGCCUCGAACAACUAGCGGGUCUGGGCGCGGGCUGGGAGGGCCCCGGCGAGCGCGCGGCGCCGGGCGCUUGCGGCGCAGACAACGGCACGUGGUGGUGGGGGUGCAACGCGUGCUGGUGCGCGGGGGGCGCGCCCGCCUGCACGCGCCUGUGGUGCGGCCUGCCCGACUGCCUCGCGCCCAACGCCAUGCCCUGCCGCACCGACGAGGUGUGCGUACCAGCGGCGCCGACGCUGUGUCUGCGGGCACCGUGCGCGCCGCUGGGCGAGUGCCGGCGCGUGUCGGGGCGCCGUGUGGAGCCGCCCGCGCUGCCCGCGCCCGCGCCGUGCUGGCCCGGCUCGCGCCUGCCGCCGCCGCCCGGCUGCGCGCGCGCCGAGCUGCAGCUGGCCCGCGAGCGGCUGGCCCGCGGCGCGCACGUGGAGCGCGCGUGUGGAGCACUGCGGCGCGCGCUGGCCGCCGCUCUCGCCGCCCGCGUGCCCCCCGCGCCGCCGCUCGUAUUACUCUGUGAUCUCGCCCCGGAUGAUGACGAUGUAUUAGAUCUCGCUAUAUGGGUCGGCGACGAGGACGGGCCCGACGACGACGGAUCUGGCGAGGCGAGCGCCCUGGGCGCCGCCGUGCGCGCGCUCAGCGAGCUGGUGGCGCGGCGCAGGCUGGCGGCGCACGCGCUGCUGGGCGCGGCGCUGCGGCUGCGCGUGCCGCACGUGUCGCCGCCCGCGCCGCCGCCCGCACCCGCCGCGCAGUCCGCCGCGCCCGCCGCACUGCUGGCGCUGGGCGCGGGCGUGGCGCUGCUGCUGCUGGCGGCGGUGGGCGGCGCGGCUCUGCUCGUGCGCCGACGCCGCGCCGCCGCCGCCGCCGAGCGGUCGCGCCGCUGCGACGAGGAGAAGUCCAACAACCUGCAGAACGAGGAGAACCUGCGGCGCUACGCCAACCCGCUGCGCGAGGAGCCGCGCGCGCGCCGCCCGCCGGACGAGCUGCCGCGCGCGCACUCGCUCUACAAGGCGCAGAACGCGGACGCGCGGAACGACACGCCGCCGCGCGACAAGGAGCUGACGAAGCGCGCGCUGCCGCCGCCCGCGCCCCCCGCGCCCCGCGCGCCCCCCGAGCGCCUCACCGUGCUCGUGUGACCCCCUGUACUUACUCUGAUCUCCGCUCGCCCGCCGCCAGCUCUACGACGUCUAGUUUCUCGCCGCUAUUUAUUGUGUUAGAAGGAAGUCGCGUUUGUAAAUAUGUAUUUUUGUAAAUAAUGUUGACGAGUGUAUUUUUGUACUUUUGUAUGAUGGUUAAUAAAAUGAACAAGUGAUUAUUUUUGUAAAGGUUGUAAAGUUGAAUAGA